AUGUCUGGCUUUAGCUUUGAUCCUGUAGAUUUAAUUGAUGAGAGCUCAUCAAUAGUCCGUGUAACUGUUACUAAUUUUAUGGAAUACGAGUCUGUGGAAUUUCGACCAGAACCUAAUCUCUGUAUGAUCCUCGAUCUCGAGGAUCAAGAAAAAACGGUUCUUUAUACUGCAAUCGCGGUUGGGCUCGGCGGAGAGCAUUCGUUAUAUUAUCAGACGCCGAUCUCGUACUAUGUCAGGCGUGGCUCAAAUCAAGCCGAAAUAGAGAUCGAGGUACAAGCCGCACCAAAUAAUAAUAACAUGAUUUUUAAGCGUACAAUUUAUUGCAAUAGCGAAUUUUCUGAUUGGUGCAUUAAUGGCGAGCCUGCCACAAUUGAGCAGGUAGUGUUACAAUUAGAGCCGCUCUACAUCCAAGAUGGCAAUCUCCAUCAAUUCUUACCACAGCAUCGGGUCAGACAAUACUUGAACGAUAUUGAAGAACAAGUAAGAAUGGCUGUAAUCAUGCCCGUUGAGGAUGACAGUUUAGAUGAAGCGCUAGAGUACUUUGAAUCCAGGUCCAGA